ACACGCUGAAUAUACUCGUCCAUGACAUUGUUAUCCGCAAAUUGAACGAGAGUUGGUGAGAAGCACUCGAAUAGAAAGCAGCAAACGCGGGACGGACCAACUUUUUUAAUAUGUAACUUCUGUUUUUUUUUUUUUUUUGGAGAAAAACACCGGAACACUGUGCGUGUUUCUAAAAAAAAAUGGCGGAAUCUGGCAUCGACCUGGGCUAUGACCUGUCAGCACUGAUUUCGGACGAUUUUGACAUAGAAAGUGCGAUCGAUUUUGACGAUUUGUUGGGUACACCGAAAAAUCAAGAAUUUUACGAAUUAACUUCCAAAACAAUACCUGCUACUGAAAGUCCUCCGAAUCUGAAGACAGCCACACCACUCUCCAGGACACAGCUCAAACUCCAGCUGAUGCGAGAUCACUCUCUUCUCGAGAAAGAGAGACAGAUGCAAGCAGAAGCCCAAAGGCGCCAACAGGAACAGCAGAACCAGCAAAUACAAAAAACACCAGCCACUCGAGUGCCAAUCCACAACCUCCCUCUAGACGUGCCACCACAAGUUCUUCAGGUUCAAACCCGCCUAGAAAACCCGACACGAUACCACGUGAUCCAAAAGCAGAAAAGUCAAGUUCGUCAGUACCUGAGCGAAUCGUUUCAAAAUGCGCCAUCUAUGUUCAUGAAUUUCAACCGGCUUCCUGAACGGCCUGAGAUACAUAGUGCGCCUAGUGGCCAGAAUGUGUUAGCACCAAGUCCGGACCCCAUUGCUCUAUCACCAGCACUGAGCUCUGGUGCAACGAGCACGUCAGAGGCUGAAGAUCUCAUCGAUGAUCUGCUUUCUCUAGAAUCAGGUUCCUUAGCAUCUGAUAGCUACAAAACCUCAGAUAACUCUUUAACAGGAAGCAUAAAGAAUGAACCAUUCAUAUAUAGUGACGCUGAAUUACAUGCAUUAGCCAAAGAUCGUCAAAAGAAAGAUAAUCACAAUAUGAUUGAACGACGAAGAAGAUUUAAUAUAAAUGAUAGGAUAAAGGAAUUAGGUACACUGCUGCCUAAAAAUAACGACCCAUAUUAUGAAAUAGUGAGAGAUGUAAGACCAAAUAAAGGAACGAUAUUAAAAUCAUCCGUUGAAUAUAUAAAAUGCCUGAAAAAUGAAAUACAAAGACUCAAGCAAGCGGAAGCAAGGCAAAAACAGACGGAGCAUGUCAAUAGGAGGUUACAACUCAGGGUACAGGAGCUGGAGCGACAGGCUAAAUCUCAUGGAUUACCCAUUUCCGACUUCAAUUGGCAAGGCAUAACACCUACAGGGGCUUCACCCUAUGGUACCUACAACACCCAAAUGCCAUAUGCAACACCACCAACGUUAGGAAGCAAUCAUGCUGUUAUACCCAGCAUGAUGAUUUCUGAUCCUGUGAAAAAGAUGCCUGAUAUAAUAACCGAAGCGACUCUAAGUUUACAAACGAUGAACGAUCUAAUGGACGAUGAAGAGUCUGUUAGCGCAGUCAACAACGAUCCAAUGCUCUCUGAGCCAUUGUUGGCAUCUUCUCCAGCACAUCCAGGUCAUUCAGACAACUUGCUCUGCGACCCUUGCGAGCCUAGGCUACCAACACCUUGUAGUCAUAUGGACCCUGUAGAGGGAGACACCUUAGAUAUAGAUAUGAUAGCGUGACCCACUCUUGCUGUUACCAGUGUUUAAUCUUUUCGUUGAAACGUGCAUCGUAGGCAAUUAUCUGCCCCAUAGUGAUAGUAUGUAGUCCAUUGAGAGCAGUUCGGAGAGUUGUUCAGAAAUUAUCGAACAUUUUUUUUAAUUAUCGAAUCAUGGUGAGGACAAAUGAUGUGGAACAAUUUUGGAUCAAUUGGAAUGAAUUGAUCUGAGUUGAAAACUUUUAGUAGCAGAAUCACCUUCUCUUUUCCCCUCAGCAAAUUGUCGACAAGCAAGACAGCCAUUUUUUAAUAUUCUUCUUGCUAGGUUCGAUGGCAAUUGAUGAUUUUGUUAUGUGUCUUCAAUGCUCAGUAAUAAACGAUUCGGUAUCUUCAAAAAACUGGAAAAUCCGGUAUUUAUGGUAUACGUAUACAUCGAAACAUGAAAAAUUCCUCAAAUAUAUAUUUGAGGAAAUUUUUUAUUUUUUUUUAAUAACGUUAUUUCUGAUCUCUUAAAUCGCUCGUAAUUGAACAGUAUUCUUGUUUUUCAACUUGGAUCUCUUAUAAACUACAAUAAAUUUGCGAUUGUAACAACCUCACCAACGAAGAAUGACCCCUAAUAGUCAAUUAGUAUUUUGGAAAUGUUUUAAUUUUCUGAACUAGAUGUAAAAUUUAUUUUAUUGAUAUUUAAUUGUAUGUUCGUUUGUGAGAAUAUUUGACGUAGUGAUCAAAUGAAUUGAAUUAAAUAAGUUUGAAUCUUGCAAUACCAUUCAACAUAAUAAAUAAUUUUAGUAUUUGUGAUGCAACAAGUGAUUAUUAGAAAUAAAUAUAUAAGAGUUUUCAGUUUUAGAUUAGUAAUAAUUGAAGAAUUCAUAAACUCGAAAGAUCUGAGGGUAAAAAUGAAUUGAAAUGAAAAAACAAAUCACAUCAAUCAAUUGAGUAGUGGCUUCUAUGCAAAUAAUUCUUUUUUUCUCUAAAUUGCUAAAUUUGAGUUGAUUCAAUACAAAGAACUCAGAAACUCUCAUGUACCUUAUCCCAAGUGAAAACUCACGUAACAUUUUUACCCUCCAGAUAUUUCGGGUAAUAAUUUUUAUACUACAUACCAAGUGCAACAUAUCAUAAUGUAUAUACAAGAGUGUCUCUGAAAUAUGAGAUUAUAUAAAACUACGCUAAUAUGAAAUAUUUUUUCUAAAUAUUUGUACUUAGAACGAAGUAAUUUUGUUAUAUGUUUACGAUCAUACCAUGUUUAUGAUGGGUCCUCUGAUAGAUUCUGGAAAUUUUCAGAAGGACCCAUAUAUUUUGAAUGUGUGAAUAUCCGAUGUUGGUGCUCAAAAUUUCCUGUUUCAAUUAUCUUGUGUAUACUUUGAAUGAAUAUUUAUUGAAACAAGUACGAGUCGACUGAGAUAAUUGACUCGUCUUGAUGAUACUUCUUCGUUGAACCGAAGAUUUAGUGUAGAAUGAAGACUGAAGAUCGCACAAUCUAAAUGAAGAAUUAUUGUUACUUCAUCGAAAUUCAACAAAGUUCAAACAUCAAUUGAGAAUUAUACCUAGAGUAGAGAUAGAUAUAAAUUUUAUCAUUAUACAUACAGAAAAUCCUAUAUCGAUGUUAAAAGUUAAAUUAUCAAAUAUCCAAAAAAUGUUUUUAUGCAAUCAAUUAACUACUCAACUUGAAAAUUACUCUAAGAUGUGUUUAUCAAUUUGAACUUGCUGAAAAACCUUUUCAUAUGAGAAUCAUAAUCAACCAAUUUUGUAUAACUUGGUUCUGUUUUUUUUUCCUUUUUUUUUCCAAUAAUCAUUUUGGAAGAUGGAUUCCAAUUUGAAACAAAUUUCAUCUAAACCUAUGAUUGGCGAUUUUCAAGUUGAAAUUUCAUCAGAUGAUAUUCUUCUGAUUUAUGAUUCAUGUCCAAGUGAAUAUACCUGCUAAUUCCUAUUUCACUUGAAUAAUUUCUGUUUUCAAACUAGAUAUUUUUUAUUCGGAAUUUGUCAAUUCUGAAGUGACUCAUCGUUUCUGUGAAAACUCUUUUUUAAAUUAUCAAUUAAUUUUCAUUGAAAAAAAAAGAAUUUUCACUGAAACUCAUAUUUUUUAAAUUUAUUUAUGUCCAGCCUUCAAAUUUCAGUAUUGUGAUUGAUUGCAUUGAUAAAUGUAACUGACGACCAAUAACACAAAUAAUUGUUCUGUUAUGGCAAUAAAAAGAUUCUAUAUUUACGUUAAAUAUAUUUAUCUAUUAUUUUAUGCAAUAUGUUUAA